CUUCGGCCGGAAGACAACAAUUAUUAUGUCUGCAAGGCUCAAAGUGGGGACAACUGGAUUGCCUAUGCUCCCUCACCCGAAAACGCUUUGGGACGUCUGUCGGUGUGGUUUGCACCUCCUAAGGCGGGACCACCGCCGGGGGAGGGUGUGACUUCGACUGAAGCGAGGAGAGAGGGCGAAGGCGGAUGGGAGGUGAUGUACGGACUGGCCCACAAACCGUCAAGACUAGAAUGUCGAUCGUUGGGUCAGCCAUCUCCGCAGUGGACAUGGACUGGUCCUGCCAUUCGCAAAUCAGUUGAUCCUGUGUCGGCAGGCGAGGUUGUUGAAGCUGACGGACUGGCUUUGCUGUAUAUGCUGUCUGGUUUCAAGCAAACUCCAGCUGAUCAAAUCAAUGCUUGGUAG